AUGACAUUAUGGGUUGUCAGCAUUACGACGUCAAAAUUUCGCGACGUUGGUACUUCGUGUUUGAAUCAGUGCGCGUUAUCGGUGAUGCUGAUCAGUGGUAGUUUAACAAGGAAUCCCGUGCAUGUCCCUUUUCUUCAUUUUCGGUUAUCUCCCGAUCCCAUUCGAGCAUGUCCAUAUCAGUCGUUACUAUCAUUAUCAUUAUUAUCACCGUAUCUUCGUCAUUAUCAUCACUAUGAUCGGGCUCUCGUUAAUGGUAUUGGAGACGUAUCAAGGCUGCAGUAUCAAAUUGUCGUUCUGGAUGAUUGUUCCAAUCGGGUGUACAGUCGAGGGACAAGAGGAAAGAGGGAGUAUAUGUAG